CCCCCCUUCUUCAUAUAAACAUUACCCAGUUACUUUCCCUAACCAAGAUGAAGCCUCACAGUCUCUCAAGCGAUCAUGCUUCUCUAACCCAUGAGUCCAAGAGAUCCUUUGGAGUUGUAGAGAAGCUCAAGCUUCAGGCUUGUGAUGCUGCCAGAAAUAACGGAGUAGUCGGGAAGGGAAAUACUACUACAACUACUACAUGGUUUUCCAAGGAAAACCAGAGACGGAACUGGAGCUAUGUCGCAGAAGACCCCAUUAGAACUAUGAUGUUCUUGGCCUCUUGGGGCCAUACUUGAGUUCUAUACAUCUUCUAAUUACUCCAAACAAAUUUACACAACACAAUUGUGUUCAAAGGAAAUCUUUAAUUAUCCGUAAUAAAAUUAUGGUAUACAUGUUAUGCAUCAGGUAUAAAUUAAUAUAGUAAUUACAAAGUGUAAAAAUAAUGAUAUUAAAGAACAAAGUUUAUUGUAUUAGCUAAUUGUGUAGUAAAAAAAUAAUUUAGCUAGCUUGCCUUUAAUUUCUUGAUGCUUUGUGAUCGCUGGACUACUAGUUUUCUUUUUUUGAGAAAAAAUUUGUUGGAGUAUUGUUGAAAUAAUUAUGUAUACGUUUGUUGGAGUAUUGUUGAAAUAAUUAUGUAUACGUUAGAUGUAUUUUUAGACAUGAGAAAUUUGCUUAAUAAAUCAUAAUUUUCGUUGAUAAUUAUGUAAUUUAAUUUCCGAAACCAUUGAAGAGUUCAAAAAAUUGCUCUACGUACGUCAAAUUUUAAAAUACUAAAAAAAAAAUUAAAAUACGGAGGCUAGGAGUAUGAUAGAAAGCUUAUUCAGUACCACUAUACAGUUGGUGGGCGCGGGUAACGCACAAUUACCUAACCUGAUAUCCACGUGUCCAAUUAUGGUUUGGUGCUGCAGCACUUAACUAAAAUCCUAUUGUGUUUGUCACAAACAAACCACUUAAGCGACGCCGUCUCCACCCAUCUCUACAUUACAUAUGGCGUCACCGUCAGAUCACAAGGCCACCAUAAUCGACGGCACAGCCAUCGCCCAGACCAUCCGAUCCGAAAUUGCCGAUGACGUCCGUCAACUCUCUGAGAAAUACGGCAAGGUUCCAGGAUUGGCUGUUGUCAUUUUAGGCAACAGAAAGGAUUCUCAAAGCUAUGUAAGUAUGAAAAGAAAGGCUUGUGCUGAAGUUGGGAUAAAGUCAUUUGAUAUAGACCUCCCAGAACAAAUAUCUGAAGCUGAGCUGAUCAGCAAGGUCCAUGAGUUAAAUGCAAAUCCUGAUAUACAUGGAAUAUUGGUUCAGCUGCCAUUGCCAAAGCAUAUUAAUGAAGAGAAAGUCUUGAUUGAAAUCCAUCUUGAAAAGGAUGUGGAUGGUUUUCAUCCUCUUAACAUUGGCAAACUUGCUAUGAAAGGCAGAGAACCUCUUUUUGUUCCCUGUACCCCCAAGGGUUGUCUGGAGCUUCUUUCACGAAGUGGUAUAACUAUUAAGGGAAAAAAUGCUGUUGUUGUUGGUCGCAGCAACAUAGUUGGAUUACCAGUGUCACUGCUGCUUCUGAAAGCAGAUGCUACAGUUACCAUUGUCCAUUCCCGUUCUGAUGACCAAGAGAGGAUCAUUCGUGGAGCUGACAUCAUUAUUGCAGCAGCUGGGCAAGCAAUGAUGAUCAAGGGCAGCUGGAUUAAACCUGGAGCUGCAGUUAUUGAUGUUGGCACAAAUGCUAUUGAUGAUCCAAGUAAGAAGUCGGGUUAUAGGCUAGUGGGAGAUGUAGAUUACAAGGAAGCAUGUAAGGUAGCUGGAUGGAUUACCCCUGUUCCAGGUGGUGUGGGUCCAAUGACUGUUGCAAUGCUACUUAAGAACACAUUGGAUAGUGCAAAGCGGGUAUUCAUGCAGUAAUGUUCCAUAUAUUUUUUUUUCUCUUUCAAAUAUAAUUUUUGCCAAUAGUCUUCGUAAGCCCUAUCCUCUGUUUUCACUUCAUGAUUAACUCCCGCUUUUAUAGGAAAUCAUGCAUAUUUAAGUUUAUUGGAUAUCUUUGUUUUGCUAUAAUAUGAUAAUGAUUACAUUGCAUAUUUGAUUACGUUAUUUGAUGUAAUGGGAUGAUAAUUAUAUAAUAUAAUGCUUAUUUUUA